AUAUUUAAGGAUGUCCUUAAAGAAGCUAAUGAAAGGCGUGGCUCCGGGUGUCUUGCCCGCGGAUGGUUUCUUAACUCGAGAUGAAGAUGUUUUGACUCCAUAUCAAGCGGCAUGUACAAAAAGAUUUGGCCUGACAUUACAAAUAGAACAAGAUAAUUACUUGUUACGACAUCCUGAGGUACUCGCUAUGCUUAAGGUUUUUAUUAGUAAAAUGGUGCAAAAAAAUAAAAGAAAAGGAAUACUAAAAGAAGCCGCUGAGCAUUUCUUAAGGCCUGCCGAAGAACUCAUGAGAGAAAUAGAAGGGAUAAAUCUCCACUCGCGUACUGAAGAAAAACAGAUUCUCUUGACUCAGCCUCCUUACAAUGAUAUUAAUCUGAGUGAUGAUAUAAGAAAUAUCGUAACAGCGUAUUAUCAACCUGAACCUCAGAAAUGUCGUACUCCAUCUGUUUCGACCAUUAACACGGAAUCAUCCUCUUUUCUUUCAGACAUGACGUCCGACACCACAUUAGCAACUCCAGAACCAAUACCCACGCCAGAACCGACUUUAUCAGAGGCAUUUAUGAAUUUAGUUUCAAAUACAGUGGACAAAGCAAUUUUUCUUCGUGUCGAUGACGAAGCUUUGAACUAUGAUACGGCAUAUAUUGAACUUUCAAAAGCAGUAGAAAAUGCAAUGGAGAUACCAGUGACAGACAUAAAAAUGGAUAUUGUAGAACUCUUUAAUAAUGCUUACGAGAAGUUUGACUUCAAUAUCUUGGAAAAGGAACGUAUCGUCGCUGCAAUAGCGUGGGAAAAACGAAUGAGGAAGAAAAUGAAAAGAACGUUGAGACGUCUAAAUAAUUUUAAAGGUUACGAGACGCCUCCAACCCCUAAAAGCGAGAUCUCGUCCCAUGAGAGUUACAAAAUACCGCCGCUUCGCCCUUGCAUGUGUCACCCGCAGUUUAAAUAUAACAGAUAUCCAAAGGUUGCUUAA